AUGCCUCCGACGAACAUCACACAAUCUAAGUACUUCACCGUCAUUUCCGUCCUCGUUCUCGUCCUCGCUCUUUUCCCAGGUCUACCACAAUUUCUCCUCUGCCUUCCAUUUCGCCUCAUACAGCAAUCAAAACCCGAUCGUGCACCUUCCGUCUUUGCCUGUCCCGCCGGUUGCAUUUCCUACGACACCCUCCCUAGUCUUCCUUGCUUUACCGCUUCUAAUAUGUCUACGUCGUGGUUCCAGAAGACAUUUACCCUUCCAGCCAAGUCCCGGGGCUCCUACCUUAUCACUGACCACGUUGUCUCCUCAUUACCAGAAUUGAAAGAAUACAAAGUGGGCAUUCUCAACCUUUUCAUUCAACAUACCUCAUGCGGGCUUUCUUUGAACGAGAAUUGGGACAGCGAUGUGAGAGAGGAUAUGAGUGAUGCAUUGGAUCGAAUCGCUCCGGAAGAUCGGAAGGGAACGCUGUACAGACACUCCGCAGAGGGGCUGGAUGACAUGCCUGCACAUAUCAAAUCAGCUUUGAUUGGAGCCAGCGUCACGAUUCCUAUUACAGAUGGCACCUUGAAUACUGGCACGUGGCAAGGAAUCUGGUACCUGGAAUUUCGAGCGUCGAGACAUUCGAGAAAAGUGGUGGCCACCAUUCAAGGGGAGAAAAGAUGA